AUGAUGGAAAUAUUUUAUUUUGUAAAUGCAUUAUAUGGAAUCAAGAUAACAGAUGAUUUUAGAUAUAUAAUUAUAAAUGAAGAUAAUUUAGAACAGAGUGGAGAUAAAUCUAAAAGUCAAACAAGUGAAGUAACAAUUUAUAAUAUUAAAAGAACAAAAAGAACACCACCAAUAAAAAUAAUAGAUACACCUGGAUUUGGGGAUACAAGAGGAAUUGAAUAUGAUAAAGAAAUUACUAAACAAAUCAAAAAAGCAUUUGAAACAAAAGUAUUAGAUUUAAAUGCUAUUUGUUUUGUUGCACAAUCAAGUAAUCCAAGAUUAACAGAAAAUCAAAAAUAUAUAUUUAAUAAUAUUAUUGAUUUAUUUGGUAAUGAUAUGAAAAAGAAUUUUAUUGCAAUGCUUACAUUCUGUGAUGCUGAAGACCCACAAGUUAUUAAUGCAUUACAAUCAAAAGAUUGUAUUUUCAGUACAAUUAUUCCAGAAAUAGAUAAACCAUGGUAUUUAAAAUUUAAUAAUUCAGCUAUUUAUGCUGAUAAUACUGAAGAUUUAUUUACACAAAUGUUUUGGCAGUUAGGUAUGAAGAACUUUGAUGACUUUAUUAAAAAAUUAACAAAAUUACCAAGAAUAUCAUUAGAAACAUCCAAAGAAGUUUUAAAGAGAAGAGAACAAAUCAAAACUCAAAUUGAAGGACUGAGCAUAUCAAUAAAUAAUGGAAUAUCAAAAAUGAGUGAAAUAGAACAAACAUAUGAACAGUUCUAUUUGAAUCGUGAUAAGGUUAAUAAUAAUCAAGAUUUUACUUUUACUGUAAAUGUAACAAAACAAGUUAAGUUUGAAUUAGAAGUAGGAGAAUAUGUAACUAAUUGUUUGAGAUGUAAUGGAACAUGUCAUUAUCCAUGUUAUAUUAAAGGAGAUGUAAAAGAUGGAUGUUAUUGUAUUGGUGAUAAUGGAUAUUGUAAUGUAUGUGGUUGUUAUUAUACACAACAUACAGGCUCAAGAUACAGAUUUGAUUAUAUAACAGAAACAAAACAACAAACAGCACAAGAAGUACUUGAAAGAUAUAAUGAAGGUAAAAAAGGAAUGGCUAGUGCAGAAAAUCUGUUAAACAAGUUGGAAGAUGAAUAUUAUGAAAUUUUAAUGGACUGUUAUGAUAAACAACUAGAAAUUAUAAAGUGCAUUAAUAGAUUAUCAUCAAUUGCAUUAAAUGAUAAAAUUAAUAGUUCUAAUGAAUAUUUGGAUAUAUUAAUUAAAACAGAGAAUGAAGAAAAGAAAAGUGGAUAUAAAGAACGAGUUGAAAGAUAUAAACAACUUAAACAAUCAAACGAAAU